CGCGCCAAGUUCGGGCUCCGCAGGCUCCGCGGGUCACGUGGCGGGCCUGCCGCGGGUCGUGGACGGUCGUGGACGGUCGUGGGAGCGGCGGCGGCGGCGCGGGGCCGAGGCACACGGGUCCGCGUUCCGGUGGCCUUGAACCAGCCUGAUGGCGACUGCAGUCAAUGGGGCCCCCAGGGACGCUGCCCUGUGGUCCUCGCACGAACAGAUGCUGGCCCAGCCCCUGAAGGACAGCGACGCAGAGGUUUACGACAUCAUCAAGAAGGAGAGCAACCGGCAGAGGGUCGGCCUGGAGCUGAUCGCCUCGGAGAACUUUGCCAGCCGCGCGGUUUUGGAAGCCCUGGGCUCCUGCUUAAAUAACAAAUACUCAGAGGGCUACCCCGGCCAGAGGUAUUAUGGCGGCACUGAGCAUAUCGACGAGCUGGAGACGCUAUGUCAGAAGCGGGCGCUGCAGGCCUACGGCCUGGACCCACAGUGCUGGGGCGUCAACGUGCAGCCCUACUCAGGCUCCCCCGCCAACUUCGCCGUGUACACGGCCCUGGUGGAGCCCCAUGGGCGCAUCAUGGGUCUGGACCUGCCCGACGGGGGCCACCUGACCCACGGGUUCAUGACGGACAAGAAGAAGAUCUCGGCUACGUCCAUCUUCUUUGAAUCCAUGGCCUACAAGGUGAACCCAGACACUGGCUACAUCGACUACGACCGGCUGGAGGAGAACGCGCGCCUCUUCCACCCGAAGCUGAUCAUCGCAGGAACCAGCUGCUACUCCCGGAACCUGGACUACGGGCGGCUCAGGAAGAUAGCCGAUGAGAACGGGGCCUACCUCAUGGCCGACAUGGCACACAUCAGCGGGCUGGUGGCGGCCGGCGUGGUGCCCUCCCCCUUCGAGCACUGCCACGUGGUGACCACCACAACCCACAAGACACUGCGAGGCUGCCGGGCCGGCAUGAUCUUCUACAGGAGAGGAGUGCGCAGCGUGGACCCCAAGACUGGCAAAGAGAUCCUGUACAACCUGGAGUCGCUCAUCAACUCCGCUGUGUUCCCGGGCCUGCAGGGCGGCCCCCACAACCACGCCAUCGCUGGGGUCGCCGUGGCCCUGAAGCAGGCCAUGACUCCGGAGUUCAAGGAGUACCAGCGCCAGGUGGUGGCCAACUGCAGGGCCCUGUCCGCAGCCCUGGUGGAGCUGGGGUACAAGAUUGUCACAGGUGGUUCUGACAACCAUUUGAUCCUCGUGGACCUCAGUUCCAAAGGCACAGAUGGCGGGAGGGCGGAGAAGGUGCUGGAAGCCUGCUCUAUCGCCUGCAACAAGAACACCUGCCCAGGUGACAAGAGUGCACUGCGGCCUAGCGGCCUGCGGCUGGGCACCCCAGCGCUGACAUCCCGGGGGCUCCUGGAAAAAGACUUCCAGAAAGUGGCGCACUUCAUCCACAGAGGCAUAGAGCUCACUGUGCAGAUCCAGGACGACAUGGGCCCCAGGGCCACCCUGAAGGAGUUCAAGGAGAAGCUGGCAGGCGACGAGAAGCACCAGAGGGCCAUGCGGGCCCUGCGCCAGGAGGUCGAGAGCUUCGCCGCCCUCUUCCCGCUGCCCGGCCUGCCCGGCUUCUAAAGGGGCCGGCGCCCCAAGGCCAAGGGGACCCCGCUUCAUGCCCCCGCGGGGAGUGCCUUCAGACUUCCCUUGUCUCCUCCCACAUCCAAACCCCUGUCCUGGGAGGAAUAAGGCUGGCCCGGGUCAAUAGGGACGUGGCGGUGAACCACGGAGGCCGGCCGGCAGCGCACCUCCCUUCUCUUAGCGCCUCUGGGCGUUGGCCAGGCUUGCUGCGGCCGGCCGGGCCCCGCACUCACAGCUGUGAGAGCUGCCCGCCGGGACGUGUCAGGGACGCAGAGCGGAAUCAGGACAACCACAGCUGACAGCCGGUGCUCCGCGUCCAGACGAGGCGUGCCCAGCCUGGUGGGAGGUGCAGCUCCCCGCAGCUCUGGGUCUCCUCCACGCCUGCCCCAGGAAGCGCCCAGUGCCAGCCGCUGGCCUUUGCCGCCCCCCCCCCCCCCCGUGACAGGAAGCCACAUGUCACCUUCCCAAAGAGACUUUAUUUUUCACAUAGCUGAAGUGCAAAACAUAGCUGACCAUUUUUAAUAAGCACAAUCAAGGUUUUAACCACAGAAUGUCUACAAGAAUUAUAGCUUUAAAAAAUACAACCAAUUUUUAUAUUUCAAAAAUAUCUGAACUCAAAUAAAUUAAUUUCUGAAAAAGUA